GUUCUCCAUUUUGACAUUUUCUUCAUCACAGGGUGAUGAGACUCAUUUGUAAUAAUGGAAAAACAGCACCAUCUAGUGGUGUGCUUCAGUGACUUCCCCACAUAAAAAUGUAGAAAAUAUUACAGAGCUGAAGCUAAAAUACUUGGAUGAAGGUAAAAAUAAAAAAAAAUGCUAAAAUUGUAUGUCUUCUGUGAAUUACAAAGAAAAAUGAUCAGUCGAGGUGCUUCGGAUAGCCAAAUGCCUAAAAUUGUAUGUAUUACAACCUCCCCGUGAAAUGUGGAAGUACUCAAAAGAAGUUUACAGUCAGAAUGUAACCAUAGUAAUUUUUGAUUAUGGUAUGACAGCACCAUCUAGUGGGGUGUAAUUUUCACCUUUCUACCAUUUACACUUUUUGCAAUAUUUCACUUUUUCUGUACAAUUAGAAGUGAUCAUGAGAGUGCCAGAAUUCUUAAGAUGGUCUUAUUUUCAUGAUACCACUUGGAAAAACUGCGUCAGGUAAAGAAGUUCAGACGGUAUCCACUUCACCCAUGGUGGAGCACUUCUCAUGUGUUGUGUGCUUGUCGAUUUCCUACACACUCUGUCCGCACGCACUACUCCAUCUUGCGGUGCGCUUCAGCUUGGUAAAAAAUGAAAAAUGAAAAUUUUGGGUAUUCGGGCUUCCUGAAGGUAAUACCCGGGUAUUAGGUUAUUGGGAUUCGGAAAGGUUUAAGGUUUUUGGCGUUAGGGUUAAAAUCACUGUCCAAAACCUUUGUAGGAACUCUUUUCCAACCUUUUGGAGUCAGUUAGACCAAAAAAAAAAGUAAAAUGAAAAAAAAUAUUUGGGGUGUUCGGGCUUCCUGAAGGUAAUACCCGGGUAUUAGGUUAUGGGGCUAGGGUAAGGUUUAAGGUUUUUGGCGUUAGGGUUAAAAUCACUUUCCAAAACCUUUGUAGGAACUCUUUUCCAACCUUUUGGAGUUAGUUAGACAAAAAAAAAAAUGAAAAAUGAAAAAAAAAUAUUUGGGGUUUUCGGGCUUCCUGAAGGUAAUACCCGCGUAUUAGGUUUUGGGGCUAGGGUUAGGUUUAAGGUUAUUGGCAUUAGGGUAAAAAUCACUGUCCAAAACCUUUGUAGGAACUCUUUUCCAACCUUUUGGAGUUAGUUAGACCAAAAAAAAUGAAAAAUGAAAAAAAAAUAUUUUGGGUAUUCGGGCUUCCUGAAGGUAAUACCCGGGUAUUAGGUUAUUGGGAUUCGGAAAGGUUUAAGGUUUUUGGCGUUAGGGUUAAAAUCCCUGUCCAAAACCUUUGUAGGAACUCUUUUCAAACCUUUUGGAGUUAGUUAGACCAAAAAAAAAUGAAAAAUAGAAAAAAAAAUAUUUGGGGUGUUCGGGCUUCCUGAAGGUAAUACCCGGGUAUUAGGUUAUGGGGCUAGGGUAAGGUUUAAGGUUUUUGGCGUUAGGGUUAAAAUCACUGUCCAAAACCUUUGUAGCAACUCCUUUCCAACCUUGUGGAGUUAGUUAGACCAAAAAAAAAAAAUGAAAAAUGAAAAAAAAAAAUUUGGGGGUGUUCGGGCUUCCUGAAGGUAAUAACCAGGUAUUAGGUUUUCGGGCUUUGGAAAGGUUUAAGGUUUUUGGCAUUAGGGAUAAAAUCACUGUCCAAAACCUUUGUAGGAACUCUUUUCCAACCUUUUGUAUUUAGUCAGACCAAAAAAAAAUGAAAAACAAAAAAAAAAAUAUUUGGGGUGUUCGGGCUUCCUGAAGGUAAUACCUGAGUAUUAGGUUGUUGGGCUUUGGAAAGGUUUAAGGUUUUCGGGGUUAGGGUUAAAAUCACUGUCCAAAACCUUUUUAGGAACUCUUUUCCAACCUUUUGGAGUGAGUAAGACCAAAAAAAAUGAAAAUGAAAAAAAAAUAUUUGGGGUUUUCGGGCUUCCUGAAGGUAAUACCCGUAUAAGGUUAUGGGGCUUUGGAAAGGUUUAAGGUUAUUGGCAUUAGGGUUAAAAUCACUGUCCAAAACCUUUGUAGGAACUCUUUUCCAACCUUUUGGAGUUAGUUAGACCAAAAAAAAUGAAAAAUGAAAAAAAAAUAUUUUGGGUAUUCGGGCUUCCUGAAGGUAAUACCCGGGUAUUAGGUUAUUGGGAUUCGGAAAGGUUUAAGGUUUUUGGCGUUAGGGUUAAAAUCACUGUCCAAAACCUUUGUAGGAACUCUUUUCAAACCUUUUGGAGUUAGGUAGACCAAAAAUAAUGAAAAAUAGAAAAAAAAAUAUUUGGGGUGUUCGGGCUUCCUGAAGGUAAUACCCGGGUAUUAGGUUAUGGGGCUAGGGUAAGGUUUAAGGUUUUUGGCGUUAGGGUUAAAAUCACUGUCCAAAACCUUUGUAGCAACUCAUUUCCAACCUUGUGGAGUUAGUUAGACCAAAAAAAAAAACGAAAAAUGAAAAAAAAAAAUUUGGGGGUGUUCGGGCUUCCUGAAGGUAAUAACCAGGUAUUAGGUUAUCGGGCUUUGGAAAGGUUUAAGGUUUUUGGCAUUAGGGAUAAAAUCACUGUCCAAAACCUUUGUAGGAACUCUUUUCCAACCUUUUGUAUUUAGUCAGACCAAAAAAAAAUUAAAAACAAAAAAAAAAACAUUUGGGGUGUUCGGGCUUCCUGAAGGUAAUACCUGAGUAUUAGGUUGUUGGGCUUUGGAAAGGUUUAAGGUUUUCGGGGUUAGGGUUAAAAUCACUGUCCAAAACCUUUUUAGGAACUCUUUUCCAACCUUUUGGAGUGAGUUAGACCAAAAAAAAUGAAAAUGAAAAAAAAAUAUUUGGGGUUUUCGGGCUUCCUGAAGGUAAUACCCGUAUUAGGUUAUGGGGCUUGGGUAAGGUUUAAGGUUUUUUGGCGUUAGGGUUAAAAUCACUUUCAAAUAUUUUUUAAGGAACAUGUUUCAGACCUUUUGGAGUUUGUUAGACAAAAAAAAUGAAAAAUGAAAAAAAUAUAUAUUUGGGGUUUUCGGGCUUCCUUAAGGUAAUACCCGGGUAUUAGGUUAUGGGGCUUUGGAAAGGUUUAAGGUUUUUGGCGUUAGGGUUAAAAUCACUGUCCAAAACCUUUGUAGGAACUCUUUUCCAACCUUUUGGAGUCAGUUAGACCAAAAAAAAAAAUGUAAAAUGAAAAAAAAUAUUUGGGGUGUUCGGGCUUCCUGAAGGUAAUACCCGUGUAUUAGGUUAUGGGGCUAGGGUAAGGUUUAAGGUUUUUGGCGUUAGGGUUAAAAUCACUUUCCAAAACCUUUGUAGGAACUCUUUUCCAACCUUUUGGAGUUAGUUAGACCAAAAAAAAAAUGAAAAAUGAAAAAAAAAUAUUUGGGGUUUUCGGGCUUCCUGAAGGUAAUACCCGCGGAUUAGGUUUUGGGGCUAGGGUUAGGUUUAAGGUUAUUGGCAUUAGGGUUAAAAUCACUGUCCAAAACCUUUGUAGGAACUCUUUUCCAACCUUUUGGAGUUAGUUAGACCAAAAAAAAUGAAAAAUGAAAAAAAAAAAUUUGGGGUGUUCGGGCUUCCUGAAGGUAAUACCCGGGUAUUAGGUUAUGGGGCUAGGGUAAGGUUUAAGGUUUUGGGCGUUAGGGUUAAAAUCACUGUCCAAAACCUUUGUAGCAACUCAUUUCCAACCUUGUGGAGUUAGUUAGACCAAAAAAAAAUCGAAAAAUGAAAAAAAAUAUUUGGGGUGUUCGGGCUUCCUGAAGGUAAUACCUGGGUAUUAGGCUUUGGGGCUAUGGUAAGGUUUAAGGAUUUUGGCAUUAGGGUUAAAAUCAGUGUCCAAAACCUUUGUAGGAACUCUUUUCCAACCUUUUGUAUUUUGUCAGACCAAAAAAAAAUGAAAAACCCCCCAAAAAAAAUAUUUGGGGUUUUCGGGCUUCCUGAAGGUAAUACCUGAGUAUUAGGUUGUUGGGCUUUGGAAAGGUUUAAGGUUUUUGGCGUUAGGGUUAAAAUCACUGUCCAAAACCUUUUUAGGAACUCUUUUCCAACCUUUUGGAGUUAGUUAGACCAAAAAAAAUGAAAAUGAAAAAAAAAUGUUUGGGGUUUUCGGGCUUCCUGAAGGUAAUACCCGUAUUAGGUUAUGGGGCUUGGGUAAGGUUUAAGGUUUUUGGCGUUAGGGUUAAAAUCACUUUCAAAUAUUUUUUAAGGAACAUGUUUCAGACCUUUUGGAGUUUGUUAGACAAAAAAAAUGAAAAAUGAAAAAAAUAUAUAUUUGGGGUUUUCGGGCUUCCUUAGGGUAAUAUCCGGGUAUUAGGUUAUGGGGCGAGGGUAAGGUUUAAGGUUUUUGGCGUUAGGGUUAAAAUCACUGUCCAAAACCUUUUUAGGAACAUGUUUCAGACCUUUUGGAGUCGGUGACACCAAAAAAAAAAGUAAAAUGAAAAGAAAAUAUUUGGGGUGUUCGGGCUUCCUGAAGGGAUAUACCCGGGUAUUAGGUUAUGGGGCUAGGGUAAGGUUUAAGGUUUUUGGCGUUAGGGUUAAAAUCACUGUCCAAAACCUUUGUAGCAACUCAUUUCCAACCUUGUGGAAUUAGUUGGACCAAAAAAAAAUCGAAAAAUGAAAAAAAAUAUUUGGGGUGUUCGGGCUUCCUGAAGGUAAUACCUGAGUAUUAGGUUGUUGGGCUUUGGAAAGGUUUAAGGUUUUCGGGGUUAGGGUUAAAAUCACUGUCCAAAACCUUUUUAGGAACUCUUUUCCAACCUUUUGGAGUGAGUUAGACCAAAAAAAAUGAAAAUGAAAAAAAAAUAUUUGGGGUUUUCGGGCUUCCUGAAGGUAAUACCCGUAUUAGGUUAUGGGGCUUGGGUAAGGUUUAAGGUUUUUUGGCGUUAGGGUUAAAAUCACUUUCAAAUAUUUUUUAAGGAACAUGUUUCAGACCUUUUGGAGUUUGUUAGACAAAAAAAAUGAAAAAUGAAAAAAAUAUAUAUUUGGGGUUUUCGGGCUUCCUUAAGGUAAUACCCGGGUAUUAGGUUAUGGGGCUAGGGUAAGGUUUUAGGUUUUUGGCGUUAGGGUUAAAAUCACUGUCCAAAACCUUUGUAGGAACUCUUUUCCAACCUUUUGGAGUUAGUUAGACUAAAAAAAAUGAAAAAUAGAAAAAAAAAUAUUUGGGGUGUUCGGGCUUCCUGAAGGUAAUACCCGGGUAUUAGGUUAUGGGGCUUUGGAAAGGUUUAAGGUUUUUGGCGUUAGGGUUAAAAUCACUGUCCAAAACCUUUGUAUGAACUCUUUUCCAACCUUUUGGAGUCAGUUAGACCAAAAAAAAAAAUGUAAAAUGAAAAAAACUAUUAGGGGUGUUCGGGCUUCCUGAAGGUAAUACCCGGGUAUUAGGUUAUGGGGCUAGGGUAAGGUUUAAGGUUUUUGGCGUUAGGGUUAAAAUCACUUUCCAAAACCUUUGUAGGAACUCUUUUCCAACCUUUUGGAGUUAGUUAGACCAAAAAAAAAAUGAAAAAUGAAAAAAAAAUAUUUGGGGUUUUCGGGCUUCCUGAAGGUAAUACCCGCGUAUUAGGUUUUGGGGCUAGGGUUAGGUUUAAGGUUAUUGGCAUUAGGGUUAAAAUCACUGUCCAAAACCUUUGUAGGAACUCUUUUCCAACCUUUUGGAGUUAGUUAGACCAAAAAAAAUGAAAAAUGAAAAAAAAAUAUUUUGGGUAUUCGGGCUUCCUGAAGGUAAUACCCGGGUAUUAGGUUAUGGGGCUUUGGAAAGGUUUAAGGUUUUUGGCGUUAGGGUUAAAAUCACUGUCCAAAACCUUUGUAGGAACUCUUUUCCAACCUUUUGGAGUCAGUUAGACCAAAAAAAAAAAUGUAAAAUGAAAAAAAAUAUUUGGGGUGUUCGGGCUUGGUAUUAGGUUAUUGGGAUUCGGAAAGGUUUAAGGUUUUUGGCGUUAGGGUUAAAAUCACUGUCCAAAACCUUUGUAGGAACUCUUUUCAAACCUUUUGGAGUUAGUUAGACCAAAAAAAAUGAAAAAUAGAAAAAAAAAUAUUUGGGGUGUUCGGGCUUCCUGAAGGUAAUACCCGGGUAUUAGGUUAUGGGGCUAGGGUAAGGUUUAAGGUUUUUGGCGUUAGGGUUAAAAUCACUGUCCAAAACCUUUGUAGCAACUCAUUUCCAACCUUGUGGAGUUAGUUAGACCAAAAAAAAAAACGAAAAAUGAAAAAAAAAAUUUGGGGGUGUUCGGGCUUCCUGAAGGUAAUAACCAGGUAUUAGGUUAUCGGGCUUUGGAAAGGUUUAAGGUUUUUGGCAUUAGGGAUAAAAUCACUGUCCAAAACCUUUGUAGUAACUCUUUUCCAACCUUUUGGAGUCAGUUUGACCAAAAAAAAAGAAAAAUGAAAAAAAAAUAUUUGGGGCUUCCUGAAGGUUAUACCCGGGUAUUAGGUUAUGGGGCUAGGGUAAGGUUUAAGGUUUUUGGCGUUAGGGUUAAAAUCACUGUCCAAAUCAUUUUUAGGAACUUUUUUCCAACCUUUUCGAGUUGGUUACACCAAAAAAAAAGAAAAAAGAAAAGUUUGGGGUGUUCGGGCUUCCUGAAGGUAAUACCCGGGUAUUAGGCUUUGGGGCUAUGGUAAGGUUUAAGGAUCUUGGCAUUAGGGUUAAAAUCAGUGUUCAAAACCUUUGUAGGAUCUCUUUUCCAACCUUUUGGAGUUAGUUACACCAAAAAAAAAACGACAAAUGAAAAAAAAAAUAUUUGGGGUUUUCGGGCCUCCUGAAGGUAAUACCCGGUAUUAGGUUAUGGGGCUAGGGUAAGGUUUAAGGUUUUUGGCGUUAGGGUUUGAAUCACUGUCCAAAACCUUUGUAGGAACUCUUUUCCAACCUUUUGUAUUUAGUCAGACCAAAGAAGAAUGAAAAACAAAAAAAAAAUAAUUGGGGUGUUUGGGCUUCCUGAAGGUAAUACCUGAGUAUUAGGUUAUUGGGCUUUGGAAAGGUUUAAGGUUUUUGGCGUUAGGGUUAAAAUCACUGUCCAAAACCUUUGUAGGAACUCUUUUCCAACCUUUUGGAGUUAGUUAGACCAAAAAAAAACGAAAAAUCAAAAAAAAAAAAAAUUGGGGGGUUAGUAGGGCUUCCUGAAGGUAAUUAGGUAUUAGGUUACGGGGCUAGGGUAAGGUUAAAGGUUUUUGGUGUUAGGGUUAAAAUCAGUGUCCAAAACCUAUUUAGGAACAUGUUUCAGAACUUUUGAAGUUAGUUAGACCAAAAAAAAAAACGAAAAAUGAAAAAAAAAUGUUUUGGGGUUUCCGGGCUUCCUGAAGGUAAUACCCGGGUAUUAGGUUCUUGGGCUCGGGUAAGGUUUAAGGUUUUUGGCGUUAGAGUUAAAAUCACUGUCCAAAACCUUUUUAGAACAUGUUUCAGACCUUUUGGAGUUAGUUAGACCAAAAAAUAACGAAAAAUGAAAAAAAAAUAUUUGGGGUGUUCAGGGUUCCUGAAGGUAAUACCCGUAUUAGUUUAUGGGGCUAGGGUAAGGUUUAAGGUUUUUGGCGUUAGAGUUAAAAUCACUGCCCAAUAUUUUUUAAGGAACAUGUUUCAGACCUUUUGGAGUUAGUUAUACCAAAAAAAUGAAAAAUGAAAAAAAAAAUAUUUGGGGUUUUCGGGCUUCCUGAAGGUAAUACCCGGGUAUUAGGUUAUGGGGCUAGGGUAAGGUUUAAGGUUUUUGGUGUUAGGGUUUGAAUCACUGUCCAAAAUCUUUGUAGGAACUCUUUUCCAACCUUUUGGAGUUAGUUAGACAAAAAAAAAUGAAUAAUAAAAAAAAUAUAUCUGGGGUUUUCGGGCUUCCUGAAGGUAAUACCUGGGUAUAAUAUUAUGGGGCUAGGGUAAGGUUUAAGGUUUUUGGUGUUAGGGUUAAAAUCACUGUCCAAAACCUUUUUAGGAACAUGUUUCAGACCAUUUGGAGUUGGUUACACCAAAAAAAAACGAAAAAUGAAAAAAAAAAAUUUGGGGGGGUAGUAGGGCUUCCUUAAGGUAAUUAGGUAUUAGGUUAUGGGGCUAGGGUAAGGUUUAAGGUUUUUGGUGUUAGGGUUAAAAUCACUGUCCAAUAUUUUUUAGGAACAUGUUUCAGACCUUUUGGAGUUAGACAAAAAAAUACUGAAAAAUGUCAAAAAAAAUGUUUUGGGGUUUUUAGGCUUCCUUAAGGUAAUACCCAGGUAUUAGGUUAUGGGGCUAGGGUAAGGUUUUAGGUUUUUGGCGUUAGGGUUAAAAUCACUGUCCAAUAUUUUUUAGGAACAUGUUUCAGACCUUUUGGAGUUAGUUAGACAAAAAAUACUGAAAAAUGUAAAAAAAAAAUGUUUUUGGGUCGCAGGGCUUCCUUAAGGUAAUACCCGGGUAUUAGGUUAUGGGGCUAGGGUAAGGUUUAAGGUUUUUAGCGUUAGGAUUAAAAUCACUGUCCAAUAUUUUUUUAGGAAUUGACCUCUAUGGACCCUUUAGAAAAGAUUUAGCCCCCAGGUCCCUUGCAAAAAUCCCGGCACUUUUUUUCUAGACAGCUAAAUUCAAGAUGGCCGGCGCCAUCUCUAAAAAUUAACUUUUGAUCUGGAUGACCUAGAAUCAUGUAUGAAGGCACUUUUCUAUACAAGUCAACCAUGAGGAUUCCAAAUCUGACAUCGUUUUAAUCAUACAACUUUGUUUUGACCGCGAUAUUCAAGAUGGCUGCCAUCUAGUACUGUGAUUCUCAACCUUUUCAGGACUUGACCCCCCAAAACAAUCAUAUUUGAACUGGGUAACCCCCAAAUUGUAUGACUCUGUUCCACAUUUAGAUAUUGUAAAAAUAUCAGAUCUACAAGCCCAUAACACCUUGUAUUUUGAGGCGUGUGAGCUUGUAUAUCGGCCGUUUUCACAAUUUUUGCCUUUUUUUAUUGUAUAUUGAUGUGUGUUUCAUUGUUCUUACUUUUACUCAUGUACAGCGUCUGCGUCCUGGAAAAGCGCUUUACAAAUAAAAUGUAUAAUUAUUAUUAUUCUUUUUUUUUUUCUUAUAUUAUUUGACGCAGUGAUGAUCUUUUUCUUUGAGGAUCUUACAAGUCCUAACAUUAUUAUUUCACUGUCAUCUGGGGGUAUCCCACCAACCAAUGAUCAAGUACAGAGAAAACUUAACUUAACAACAACAUAAAGGCCAGUGAAUAUUGCACUCAAACUAUCCAGUAUGCUUGAUUCAUGUCAGCAGCAGUACUUAACUCAGGCAAUUUGAUUGGCUGUCCCUUCAUGUCAGGGCAUGUUAGCACAUGCUGCUUGUUUAGUGCUGCUGCUUUCCUAAAUGUUGCCUCAGUCAUUCUUUUGAGCCCACAGUGAGAGGAGCUACACAUUUAGUAAUUCUUUUGAGCCCACAGUUAAGGGAGCUACACAUUUGAUCUGUAAAGACAGUGUGCAUGCAGCAUACAUAGCUGCUUGAAUAUGGAAGAAAAUAAUAUACCAACAGGGACAGACAGACAGUCAUGUAUUCUCCAGUGUGGUAGUCUGUGUAAUGAAGCCACAGAUACCAUUAAGUCAACCCAGAGAUGGGAAAACAUAAAACACAGGGCACUGUUAUGGAGUGGCCUUGACAAGUUUGGACAUGUCUAUACAACUGUCGAUUGGGAUAAAGGUCCAGUUGGAAAAUGUGUCCAUGAAGCAUGUAGGUUGACCCUAUUCAAUUCUAAUAAACUGGAACAAGCCAAAAAAAGACAGAAAAAACAAGAGACUGAAGAAAUCCCAUCUCAGUCUUCUUUGUUGGAUAACUGUUCCACAGCUGCAGAUCCACCUGCCAAACGACUGCGAUCAAGUCUUGGGCAGAUACACGAUAAAACAAAAUGUGUGUGGUGUUGUAAGCCUGAGUCACCAAAGCACCCAGAAACAAAGCUGAUGCUGAUUUCAUAUGAUCAUGCAUGGGCAGCUUUCAAGAGCCAUACAGUUGCCCUGGACGAUCAGACAAUGUGGGACAGAAUCAAUUGCCUGAUCGAUUCUGCAGCUGAUCAGCCCUAUGCACUUGAGAUCAGAUAUCACUACACAUGUUGGAUGAAAUAUGUAACAAAAUACAAGAAAAUGACAGACGAUGACAAAGGAAGAGCUCUCACCUCUCCUGGUGCAGCUGCUAUCUGCUUUACGGGGGAAGGAGGAGGUAGAUCUGACUCCAUGCACACUUUCCCUCACCUCUCUUAUCACACAGUAUGCGAUAAAACGACCCACCACUACUGCCAUCAAUGCCACCAUCACCCUUCAUGGUUUGACUCGCAGCAAGGAGCUUGUUGACUGUUACUACAAGUUGGGCAUGGGGAUCAGCUACCAUGACGUGCUUCUAUUGCGUGAUAUCUGGACCAUGCAUGACCUUGAACCUUGACGGGGGGGGGGGGGGGGGUACUGGUCACCGCUGUAACUGGAUGUUUCUUCAGCGCCUAGAUCAUCUUGCACAGAAGGAGAAAAACAUCCAGGAUGCACACAAACGCACCAAAGAUGCAAAGACUGUUUCACAGGCUCUGACUGAGAAGGUAUCGGAGAUGCAGGCAGUUACACCAUAUAGGACGAGCAAGCGUGGGGAACCUCCUAUCUGCCCCAAGCCCACUACUUUCUCAUCAAGUACAGAGCCUCAGCCCAAGCGGAGCAUUAUUCAUGCCCUUGUUCGUGCAAACGAGAAUGGUGAUCGUCCUGAUGCAGCUGAGCAGACUAUUCCUUCCUACAAUGGGUUUCAUGCCAGCUUGAAUAAGGAGCAGUCAAAGAGCAAGGCUUAUUUUCAUAUGUCUUACAAUCAACUGCCGAACAAGUCAGUUGUGAAUGACAUCAUGGAAAAGCUAUCUCACAUCAUCAUCACAAAACACAUGCCCAUUGCCUUUUUAGUGGGAGAUCAUCCUGUGUAUGUCCUUGUCACUCUGCUCAAGGCUGAGAACCCAGACAAGUACCGUGACAUCGUGCCCUUUCUUGGUCCUUUCCAUACACAGUGUGUAAUGAUGAGUGCCAUCUACAAGCGCUACAAGGGGAGUGAGCUAGAAGAUGUACUUGUAGCGGCAGGAGUUAUUGCUGAGAGAUCCGUUGAUUCUGCUCUGAAAGGCAAGCAUUAUAAGAGGGGACUUCGUUGCUUGAGGCUGAUGUAUGAGGCACUUGUGAGCCAGCUGGCCAAGGAGAGACUGAUACCCAACCUAACAGAGGGGACAAGAGAGAAUCUUGAUAUUCUGAGGAAUACAAGUCUCUCCCAGGAAGCCCGUGCUGCUGCUCAUUCAGCCCUGGAGGAUGAUGCUGAUCUCCAGGAUCUCAUCACCAAGCUUUUCUCCCAUGUAGACGUGAGUGACAUGGCAGACUACUGGAGGGACUUCCUGUCCAUGACAGAUUCACUAAUGCAGAAUGUGCAUGCAGUUCAUAUCUGCAACUGGGAAUAGUAUGUCAGCUUUCUGCGGGCUAUGCAGCCGUGGAUGGUAGCAUAUGACAACA